AGGCUGCAGUCAGUCUUUCCUUAAAAAACUUGGAAUGAUUUCAAAUCACGGACAUCUUCACUUAUCCAGAACUCCCAGUUGUCACCAAACAAACAGGAUCGCUGGCAUACUAACCUCUCGGGCGCCUGUGCCACACAUUCAGGAGCCUGCCUGAAGACAAAGAAUCAUGUCAGACCUAAUCUGUUGCGAGGAGGCGAUGGGUAUUUGACUGAUAAUCCCAAGAUUUACAAUCUGCUCCAGUGCUUUUCCAUGGAACCAUUGCUCCAAGCUGACAAAUCCCUCCUUAGCCCACCCCUUAGCGUACACCAACCACUUGGCUGCUGGAGUCCCUUCUGCACGGAAUAUCCUCCUUUUACUAGCUUGAAGAUGCAGUGGACACCAGAACAUGCUCAGUGGCCAGAACAGCACUUUGACAUUACUUCAACAACCCGAUCUCCAGCACAUAAAGUGGAUACAUACCGGGGUCACUUACAACGUACCUAUCAGUAUGCUUGGGCCAAUGAUGAUAUAUCUGCUUUAACUGCUUCAAAUUUAUUGAAGAAAUAUGCAGAAAAGUAUUCAGGAAUUCUAGAGGGCCCAGCAGAGCGGGCCCUACUUGCAAAUUAUUCAGAGACUGCACCAGGGAUAGCAAAUGGUCGGAAAAAUGAAAGUGAACCUUGGCAGCCUUCUUUAAACUCUGACAGUAUUUAUUCUAUGAACUGCGUUCCAGAUGUGAUCACUGCAAGCAAAUCUGUAGUAGCUUCGGCAAUCCCUCCAGCAGAUGUUUCUGCUAGCAUAGGGAGCUCACCAGGGGUGGGAAGUAGUCUCACGGAACCUAGUUAUUCUAGUAACACCUGUGGAAGUCACAGCGUACCUACUCUUCAUUCCGGACUUCCUUCUCAGGAAUAUGCCACGGGAUACAAUGGCUCUUAUUUGCAUUCUAGCUAUAACAACCAAUCAACUCCUGCACUUCCUUCUCCCCAUCCAUCUCCUUUGCAUAGCUCUGGACUUCUGCAACCACCACCGCCUCCUCCAUCUGCGCUAGUCCCAGGAUAUAAUGGGACAUCCAAUAUCCCAAGCUACAACUACUCACCAGCUAGUUACCCUCCACAGACAGCUGUUGGCCCGGGUUACACCUCUGGUGGUGCACCUCCCCCUCCUCCUUCUGCUUACCUUCCGUCUGGAAUUCCUGCACCAACUCCUCUGCCUCCAACGACUGUACCUGGUUACACAUAUCAGGCUCAUGGCUUAGCCCCUAUUGCACCAUCAGCUUUGGCCAACAGCUCAGCUACAUCUCUCAAAAGGAAGGCAUUUUACAUGGCAGGACAAGGGGACAUUGAUAGUGGUUACGGAAAUUACAAUUAUGGACAACAGAGGUCUACCCAGAGCCCAAUGUACAGAAUUCCUGAUAACAUUUCAAAUGCAACCAGAGGGAAUGGCUUUGACAGAAAUGCAGAAACAUCUUCUUUAUCCUUCAAGACAAACAAACCAUUAAUGUCCUCUGAACAGCAAAGAAAAUUCAGUGGGCAGUCCACUAGGGCUCUCACGCCACCUUCUUAUAACACAUCAAAAAAUUCAUUGACCUCAAGAACAAGUGAGCCAUUUGCAAAAUAUUCCUCUCAAAUAAUGACUGACCACAAUGAUGAACAGAGGCAGCUUCUCCCACACCCAGUACAAGGCCCAGGACUUCAUGUAGCUACCUCAUCUAACCAGCCUGUAGAUAAACAACUGAAGAACAUUGACUCUCACCUCAUUGAACUUAUAACCAAUGAAAUUGUAAGGCAAGGUCCUCCAGUAGACUGGAAUGAUAUAGCCGGCUUAGAACUAGCAAAAGUGACAAUUAAAGAGGAGGUUUUGUGGCCAGUACUGAGGCCAGAUGCUUUCAGUGGACUUUCUGCUCUUCCUCGGAGCAUUCUUUUGUUUGGGCCACGGGGAACAGGUAAAACUUUAAUUGGACGAUGUAUAGCUAGUCAUUUGGGAGCCACCUUUUUCAAAAUUGCUGUGUCUGCACUUGUCACAAAAUGGAUUGCAGAAGGUGAUAAGAUUGUCCAUGCUUCCUUCCUUGUGGCAAGAUGUCGUCAGCCAUCUGUGAUAUUUGUCAGUGACAUUGACAUGCUUCUUUCAGUACAAGUGAGCGAAGAGCAUAGCCCAAUUAGUCGAAUGAGAACAGAGUUCCUUAUGCAGUUGGAUAGUGUACUUUCUUCUGCUGAGGACCAGAUAGUAGUUAUCUGUGCAACAAGCAAACCUGAAGAAAUAGAUGAGUCGCUUAGAAGGUAUUUUAUGAAACGACUUUUAAUACCACUACCUGACAACACAGCAAGGCACCAGAUAAUAGUGCAACUCCUGUCACAGCACAAUUAUUGCCUCAGUGACAAAGAUGUUGCACUGAUUGUUCAGCGUACUGAAGGCUUCUCUGGGCUGGAUGUGGCUCGAUUAUGUCAAGAGGCUGUAGUAGGCCCUCUCCAUGCUGUUCAGGGGACAGAUCUGUCAGCCAUCUUACCCGGCCAGAUGAGACCAGUCACAUAUCAAGACUUUGAGGAAGCUUUCUGCAAAAUUCAGCCCAGCAUAACUCAGAAAGAGCUAGACACAUACAUUGAAUGGAACAAAAUGUUUGGCUGCAGUCAGUGAGAACCUUAAGGGAUGCUAUAACUGUUGGUACUCUUAGACAUGUUGCUUGGGAAUGAAAUCCCCUUUAGGGGUUGUAAUUGUUAAGUGUGCUGAAAAGAUAAUGUCCCUUUUUUCUUAAGGAGUUAGGUAAGGCUUGGAGGGAAAGUGCAUCGUAAAAGAGCUGCUGAUCAAAUAAAAAAAAAAAAAUAGACACAAACUAAGAAGAUGUUUGUGCUGAUGGUAAUGGUUAGUUCCUUUCAGCCUGGGCAACAUUCUUAAUGAUGCAAGUAGGGGUGACUACAAAAGGAAAGGAUUCUAGUAUAUUGAUUCCAUUCUGCUCUUGUUGAGAUUUAGUUGCUGUCAAGUGCCUGAAAUGGUGCUUUUUUUGUUUGCCUCACAAAUACAUUGGUGGCAUGUGCUAAUAUUAAGAGCUUUAACUUCAAUUCUUGCUGAACUUAAGAGAUGAAUAUUGCAUUGGGAAACAGAGAGCCAGAUUUUUGCCAUUUGAAGAGCAACAGUUAUUCCUCAAUCCUGUCUGUUCUGCAGUAUCAGCCUGGGAACAGUUAAACAGGGUAACGGUAAUCUGGACCUUAAUUUCUGCUGUUCAUUUCUUUUAAUGUUGCCUGCAAAAACUCAGGAAAGUGAUUGCGAUUUGUACAGUACCUCAAAGGAAUGUGUUGAAAGCACUAUUUACUGAUGAGAGUUAUGGGCUAGGCUUCUGUGUUACUUUAUAGUAAUGUAUGUUUACCUCAACAAUUGGAAAAAUGGCAAGAAAAUGACUUUGAAUGUAUCCGGAUUAUAUUAAAGUAAUUGUGACUGAAAAGUCUCAGUUCUUGUAGUUAACAGAAGGAAAUCUCCGUGUUAAAGGUGAUCAUAUCAGAUCACACACUCUUCAUCUGUAACACUGUAACACUUUGCAGUUCUUGAUACAUUUCUUUGUGAUGAUUACCAGCUCGUAGUACUUAGAAGGUGCACAUUUAUUUCAUAAGAUGAGAUAGCCACUUUAUGAUUCUAAGAACGCAUUUUAAACCAACCAACCAAUGCAUAUGCGAGUCUGAAUGAGUUUUCCUAAAGUCGCAUUUUUCUGUGAACCAUAAUGUUAUUCUUUAUAUCACUGGUUGCUACUCUACUUUUGAGGUUAUUUGCAGCUGAGGGUUGGAAAUAGUUCAUUGUCUAGGUUGCAGACUUCUCAAAUCGCACAAUUGUUCAUGGCUGAUAGGUGAGUGCAAUUAGAUUGAAACCCAAACUUGCUGACAAUAUACCAAUGUCAAAAUGGACUAAUUUUUAUGAUGUAAAUACAUUUUUGUUACUGUUAAUAUAGCCCGCGGUAGUCAUUAAUUACACCAGAGAAUCUGGUAUGCAGUCUUUAUUUUCUACCUCAUCUGUAUGGCAGAUCUCUUACUGUGUAGCUGCAUUGUGGAAGUUAAAAACUUCUGUAAAUGUAAAACUACAUAACUUGUUAUGCGAACACAAACUACAUUACUGUUCCCUUUUCCGUGUGAAGAAGCUUUCCCCUUUCUGCUAUUCAUUCCAUUGUGUCUUCCAUCAGGAAAGACUGGAAAGGCUAAAUAGCUUACCUGUUAUUUCACCCCCCCCCCCCAAAAAAAAAUAUAUUUUUGUUUCUUUAAAUUGUAUUACUGUUUGUGCAAACUAUUUCAUGACUGGUGUUUUAUAUGGGAUAUUUUUUCCAAACAGGAGUAUUGCAGACCGCAUUUAUGUUUUUUUUUUUUUUUUUGCUUAGUUUAGACAGGAAGAUUCUUAAAGUGUUUGUUACAUUCAGCACUGAUGCUUAGUGUAAUUGUUACACAAUGCACAACAGGACAUGUUGACAUACACUAAAAUGUACAACAUGGAGGCAUAACCAUUUUAUUUUUAUCAUUUUACCUAAUUUUCUAGAAUGUAGUUCAGCUAAGCACCUUUUGUUUAAAUCUGCUGACAAGUGAGUUUUGAGAUGCCUGUGUUGAAGUGUAUGUGUGUGAUCACACAAACAACACACGAUAUUACUGUAUUACGAGAUCACCAUCCAAAGUACUAUGUGGAACUAAGAAAAGCUAAUUGCCAGUAUGUAUCAAUCAUUAUCAAACAAGAAAUCAUUAUUUGACCAAUGAAAACUAAAUAAAUGUAGCUUUGUAAAUUUAGAAAGAUGUUUAGAAUUUAAGCAGUCUUGAAAG